CUUGAUCAUGCUGUGCACAUUCUCAUCACUGAAUUUGCCAUUAAAGCCCAUACGAAGUUAGAAUCACGGUGACAGCUAGAAUUUGCACAAAUUUACUGCUUUAAAUAUUGCGGCUCUAGGUCACGUGAACGUAAUAGCGCCACUCGGCCCAAUCGCAGAUUGCGGAAGGCAAGGAAACGUCUCCCGAGAAGUUGUCGUUGCUCUGCUCGGAGAGACGUUGUUCCAAACAUGUGUAAGCGGCGCGGCAUGUGUUUAUCUACCGCUUUUCGUCGCUAUCAGAUUAACCGGGGCAUAUUAUGCGCUUAGGCUGCCUUUUCAGGUGGAAUCGAUCUCUCCUGACUGCUCUCAACAGCACGGCGAGCGGAAGACUGCGUACAGCUAGGUGUUUCUCCACCGGUUUGGCCUUAAAGAUGCCGCUGAAGUUCGCUGCCAACAUCUCGACCAUGUUCACACAGGCUCCGCUGCUGACGCGCUACCGCGUGGCGCAGUCGCUCGGGUUCAAAGCCGUCGAAUGCCAAUUUCCCUACGACGUCGGCGUCGACAACAUCCGUAGUGAAAGAGAGACCUGCGGUCUGGAGCAGGUGCUCAUUAACUCAUAUCCAGGUGACCUGACUAAAGGUGAAAUGGGCUUCGCUGCAAAGCCAGGUUGUGAAUCCGAAUUCCUCAGCAGCUUGGAGACUACGAUAAAAUACGCCAAGGCCUUGAACUGCAAGAAGGUACAUAUCAUGGCAGGAAUCACGGGCACAGAUUGUAGCAGUGUUAUAGAGGAAACAUACCUCACGAACUUGAGGAAAGCUGCAGAAUUACUUGAAAAGGAAGGAAUUGUAGGUGUUAUAGAGCCCUUGUGCAAGCAAGUUAAAGCAGGAUAUUUUCUCAGUAACUAUGAACAAGCCGCACGUUAUGUCACACAGCUAAACCACAAGAACUUGCGGCUACUCCUGGACAUAUUUCACCUUCAGAUGAGCUCAGGCAAUUUGACCAACACUAUCACAAGUGUGUACCCACUUGUAGGUCACAUACAAGUUUCUCAGGCUCCACGUAGGGAUGAGCUUAAUGCACCCGGUGAAAUAAAUUAUAAAUAUAUCCUCCACCUAUUUGAAGAGCUUGGCUAUACUGACUGGAUAGGCCUUGAGUACAAGCCAUCUGGACAAAGCGGUGAUGGAAUUUCAUGGAUAAAAGAAUAUGGCUAUGACCUUUGAGGAAUGGUAGACAUGUCGUAGUUAAGGAAAUUAAAUAUUUUUAUGCAAUUGAAAUGUACGUACACAUCUAUUAAAGCAAAAGUGAUGCAAUAUGAUUUAUGUUGGUGCCAAAGACUGCCUCACAAUAAGCUUCAAACUGCCAUUUGUAUGGUUGCAAUUUGAUAAGUACGUUAGAAUGGUACCCGAGUCAAAUCAGUGGGAACUGUUCAUUAUCAUGUUUUUUGUAUGCAGUGGUAUAGGCAUGAGACUUUAAGGUGAUCCUUUGCUUCAUUUUAUUUGUCAGCCAGCAUCACGAGAACAAGAUUGUUCUCUUCAGGCUGGCUACAAAUAAAAUGGCAGCUCUGCAGUCGCAGUGCUGCCACUUUGUGCAGUUAACAAUGCUAUUGGUCAGGAGAGCCAGGCGGUUCUCUUGACCAGUAGCAUUGCUUAACUCUACGAUCUGGCACUAUUUUGUCUUCUUGCUUGCUUAACCCGUCGGUUACAAUCCUCCCUUAGUAUCGACCAUAUGGAUGAAAAAGAAAGGCGGUGGGGUAUAAGGAUUAAGGGUCUUGGAGAUUGUCAACCAAGUUGUGCUGAUGGGUACAUGCAGAAGCGCACUGGGCCAGGUGAAGGCUAGCUGCAUGGGUCUGAGUGUUCCUCGUAGCAUAACGAUGGCUUUGUGUCAGUUCUUUUGUAGACCAGUACAGGUCCAGAGUAGGCAGUUGAGGUUGGUGCAGGUGUUUUGUGAGACCAUCUGCUGUCGCUCUCUACAGUGGUGUAGCCAGGGCAAGUGCUUCCCUCCCAAAAACUAGUAUGUGACUUUCCAGCCCCCUUCCCUCCUCUCUGGAACCAUUUCAUCUAUGUGUACUUGCCAUACUCAUCCCUCGAACUACUGUCAGGUAGCUAGUAAGUGAAGAGAGUUUUGUACAUUAAGCUGACUUUUCGGCUUUCAUAGCUGCUUGUGAGUGUGCAUUGGCAAGGGAU